GUGUACUACGGAUCACAUAGAUACGCUAUCGCUUCCGAAAUUUAUUGUGCAUAAUGGCGGACAGAAGUACAAAACGACCAAGGAGCUCAGACAGAAAACAUUUGGAUAGUUCUGAGAUUAAAUCAAUGUUCAAAACAGUGAUGCGGAGGUUGAGUGCAAUCGAACAGGAACAGAAACGUUAUCGUCGAUCCCUAACCCCUUCGUUUGACUAUUCGACGGGAAGUGAUAAUGAUUUGGAUCAUUAUGACGACGAUGCUGACGCUGACGAGUUGAUUACAGGUGAAGAUGAGUCACAGAGUGUUCAAGGAAACAACAACGCUCCUGAGAGCGUUGCCGCUGACAACUUGAUACCAACAACAGUAAACAUUAGUUCUAUUCUCGGUGAAGAUGAAAUUCAAGAAAGGGUUUUUUUUCGGAGCCUAUACUUGAAGAGUUAGUUCCCCGCUAUACCAAGGUUUUGCUAGGCGGAUUGAAAGAGGAGAGUAUUUAUUUGGUAAAGAGCUAGAAACCACCAUAGAGGCUGCAAAGAAGCUUGAAAAGUCUGGGGAGCAGCUGAAGAUUAAAAAAUAUAGGCCAUCUUUUUCCACCAGUGCCACUACUUCAAAACAGGGAAACUUCCGGCGCCCAUUUGCAAAGGGAGUGCAACAGAUGGGUCAAAAAGUUCAGAGACGCACUCCAUCGCAAAACAACAACCCGAGAAGAUCCAAGACUCAUUACUAUUCUCAGAGUCAUCGUAUCAACAGCAGCGUCGAGAGGAGACGCCGUCAUUGAAUGAUUCAGUGGAAUCACUAUCACAGCAGCAGCAGUGUCUAGAUGUGACACAGUUCUUAGAGGUUAGUAAGCCGUGUGGCGGAUUACUACCUUUUUCCAAUAGGUGGAAAAAGCUAGGUUUUCAUAAGAAGGUUAUUUCAUAUAUAACUGGUCUAAAAAUUCCUCUUAUUAACAAACCCAGACAAAAAACGGCUCCUUUAGAGCCCUUAAGGUCAAAAAAAAAGAAUGUGAUGCUAUUGAUAUUAUUAUUAAAAAAUCCUUGCAAGAGGGAAUUUUUUCUAUAGUAAAACCCUGUAAAGAUCAAUUUAUUUCAAAUGUUUUUAUCGUGCC